UGUGUGUGUUGCGUGUGUGUGUGUGUGUGUGUGUGUGUGUGUGUGUGAGAGAGAGAGAGAGAGCGCGCGCGCGCGUGCGGGUGUGCGUGUGGCAGUGGGAUGCCUGGGAUCACCGAUCCCACUCGAUCCAUCGCAGGAGCGCCAGAGGACAAAACCGGGCGGAACUGAGACUUCUUUAUUCUGCUGCUUUCUUUUUAUUAUUAUUAUUAUUAUUAUUAUUUUUGCGGCGGAACGAGGACAGAAAGGAAGGAAGGACAGACGAGAAGGAAGAAGAACAAGAAAAAAAUAAAGAAGGAGAAGGAAGAAGGAGAAGCAGCGACGUGUACGCGGUGGCGGGGACGCGCAUUUAAUAAAAAAAGAAAAAGAAAAAAGACGCAGCGGAGAAAUCGGUCCUGUGAAGCCAUGACCAACUGUAUCUGUGGUCAAGACAUCGUGGUGUGACCAGUUGCCCGAGUUGAUACCCAAGAAGCAAACUUGUUACACGUAAUCUAAGAUGUAGACUUAUAAGAUCACCAUGACUGUGGUCAGACCUCUGCCAUUGAACGAACAUAUUUGAAGUCUUUCUGUGAGAGGGAAAUACCCUACCGAUUUGCACUUCAUCUCUCAAACCAGUGUGAAUUGAUAACUGUGCAACGAAAAAAAAAAAGCCAUCGGAUCUCUUUGGAAACUGUCCAAACGGUUUUUUAUCUCUGUUGUGGUGGCCAGCCAUAGAAGAGACCAUAGUAUUGAACAUGACUCAUGGGGAAGAGACUGGCCCUGAGACACACCAGGAUUCUGCUGUUCUAACAUAUCUGGAAGGCUUACUCAUGCAUCGGGUGGCAGGAGCACAAAGCGCCACAGCAACACAACCGAGUGAGGCUGAAAAAGGCAACGAGGAGCAGAGAAAUGACGAGACGCCAGGGCUUAAAUUGCCAAAACAAAAAAGCGUUCAGCAGGAUAAAACAGCCCCCCAAGCAGGGUCAACGCAUCAUGUGAAAAAAGCUCGCCUGCUUCGCUCUGAAGUCUGGACUGAGCAUGAGAGCCAAGUUCGAAAGGUGUCCAUGCCCUCUUCUGAGCUCAAUGGGAGAAAGCAGGAGCACUGCGGAGGGCUAAAUGGUUCCCUCCAAUGUAAAGGCGAGAGCACGUUGCUGGCGAGUCUGCUCCAAAAUUUCAGCACAAGACUCCAAAAUGUGGCUCUGUCACAGCAGAUUGAAUCACAAAACGUGACACAACAAACAGCAUCCAGUUCAUUCAGCAACCAGCCUGAUAAAGAGGACAAGAUACCCGAGCAUGGCCAUGGAUCUGAUGGAUCUGGUCUACAUUUGGGGAACAGUACAGUGCAGACCAUUCAGAACUACCACCAUGAGCUGCCCAGCCAGGAGAGGUUAUCAAAAUCUCCAGGGGAACUACAGCAUAGUGCUCGGUCCUCCUCAACCGAAUCCCUUCAUUGCACCGAGCGUUUAAAAGCUGUAGCCAGUCUAGUAAACAUCAGAUCGAGUCCAGCCCCUUCACCGAAACCCAGUGUGGCUUGCAGUCAGCUGGCUUUGCUGCUUUCAAGUGAGGCUCAUCUGCAGCAGUAUUCCAGAGAACAUGCACUUAAAGCUCAACUUGCUGGGCGAACUGCCAGUGAAAGGCUUGCUGCCAUUGCUACACAGCAAACUCAAGAAAAGAAACAGCCCUCAAUAUCUCAGACAAACUAUAAUGGACUUGGUUGUUUACAGCCCAAAAAUGGGGUAAAUCCUCAAAAGCCAACAAGCUCAAGCAGACAAAGCCAAAGCCUUUGUUCAGGGCAAAGUAGGUCAGCGGGUUCUGUGCGGAGAACACAUCCCUUCAGGGAGCGCAGACCUUUCGAAAAGCAUAGCAGGCAAUCACAGAACUGCAGCAGCCUGCUUCUUCAGCUUCUUAACAGCCACAACACACCGCAGAGAGUUUAUUCUCAGGAUCACCCAAAAGACGACGUCAAUACCUUUUCUAGUCGAGGGUCUCCUAUGUUCUCCGACAGCGAGCACUCGAAUUCCAAUAGCCUAGCAAAAGAUAGCAGUGACGCCGAGAGUACUCGGUCCAGCUGCUCUCCGAUCGACCUGUCUUUAAAGAGCAAAGCGAACAUCUCGACACUGCUUUCCUCUUCAUCUUCACCUGCACAUGACAGGGUCACGGAGUCUGUGAAAACCAGGUGGACUUCAGAGAGUCCAACUUUAAAAUUCCCUCCAGAGUCUAAAGAGUUACACAUUUGUUCAGAGAUUAAACCCCACCACAAGGUUACCCUUUUGGAAUUGCUCCUUGAUCAAAAACACAUUGAGAAAACAAGCAAAGCUCCUCAUAAUCCAGAUUUACAGUCCAAGAUCCCACCUAAGGUCAGUAGUGCAUCAACAAGCAAUCACACUCUUUUCUAUCCAGGUCAGUGUAAAGAUACAAGAGAGCCUAGUCCUAACUGUGGACUGAAUACCAGAAGUCCUAAAUUACCAACGUUUUCUCAAGGCAGAGAUUGUAACAUCCGAGCGUCUCCUUACAAUGUGUAUAACUCUCCUCAUACACAGUCAGUGCCCUUGGAUCUGUGUAAGAAUAAACCGCUUGCAAGUGGUACGAGUGUCAAAGAAGCAGCUUUUAGCGCGAGUAAGCUGCUACAAAAUUUAGCUCAGUGCGGAAAACAAAACGCUGCCAGCUCCCCCACGCCAAAUCCUCCUCUGCCUCCGGUCAAAAGACAAACCGAGGAGUUUAGAACUUCAAAGUCUUCAACUUUGUUAGAAACACUUGCCGUACCAGUACAGAAAAAUAGCGCACCUCAUGUAAAAUCGCAAAACUCUCCAGUGGCAGAAUCUACAAAACAUAAUUCAGAGAUCGAGAAUCUUCUUGAGAGGCGUACAGUUCUACAGCUGCUUUUGGGGAAUAAAUCUCAGAGAGUUGGCAACAAGCGAAAGGGAGAAUCUGCAGGAAAGCAAGAAAAUUGUUCUGAUACCCCUCACAGCGCACUGAACAGACCCUCGCAAGAUCUUGCAGUCAAAACCGAGCCUGUCGAAGAUGAAACGUCUAAUGGUGAAAAAGUUUUGAAUCAAUGGCAGAACAAAUUAGUAGAGUCCCACAGGCAGAGUCCCCAUGCUCUCAGUCAGGGAAUUAUAAAGCAUGAGCCACUUUCUCCAGUGGCUGCCCCUAGAGAUGGUCUUCUAUCUCAUCUCCUGCAUCAGAAGCCCAGAAACCUAAAGCCAAACAUUUUAGAGCACUCAAAUCAGGGAUGUAUUAAGGAUGAACCAGUGGAACAUCACCAAGGACCAACCAUCCCAAAGAAGAGGAAAUUUUCAGUCAAACCGGAGGAUCGUAAUAAAGUGACCCGGCAGAGAAUGUGUAAUAGUUUUGGCAGACAGAACCAUGAUAGUGAUUGCUCAACCUCUGGAAUUCCAGAGUCUCGAGAAUCCAGCGACCCAUCCAGCCCUCCCCUGGCAGACAGUCCACCAGUUAAGUUCCCACCAUGUGAAUCACCGUGCAAUGAAAACGGUGGAUUCAAUGUCCUGAAGCAGCUACUUCUGUCAGACAACUGCUUGAAAGAACUGUCUCAGUCAAGGGGUACGUUUACUUCGCUGGAACGCCCGGUUCAAAACGGUAGUACGAUCAAAGAACCACGUAACAACGGUGAACACCAGAGCUUUCACCAGACCUUGAACCAGGGCAAGCCACCUUCAGCAACAGCAGGAAUGAACAGAAUAGAGUCUCCUUCAGAUGUUCAGCAGGAUUCGUCCAGGUCAAAAUGUAACACGGGUUCGCAGAGACACCUGAAGGCGUCAAGUGGUUUCAUGAAUGGUGACAAAACCAAAAACGGCCACCUGGAUUCUCCACGAUUGACUAAAGCGAACCCUAUUUUGUAUUAUAUGCUUCAGAGGAGCAAUGCACAUUUGGUUAGGGACAGAGUGGAGCUCGAAGCAAAAUCAGGACCUUGCAGAGUGCAGACUAAAGAGAAAGAUGAGUCUGAGGCCUUUGACCUCAAAGUACAAUUGCAACAAAACCCACAUCACAACGGAACUCAUAGCUGCGACUCUCCACGGAUCAACGGGUCACACAAGAAGUCAUAAAGAAGACUGCUCCAAAAGGAAAAGAUUUUUCCUCAUUCUUCUGGAUUCUCCGUAUUGCUCUUUUGUUAAUAUGAAGACUGCUGUCGACUCUCUAUUCUAUAAACUCAGUGCUGCUUUUUUUUGCCAUUUCAUAUCCAGAUGAUUUCCAAUUUAAAAAAAAAAAACAUAAAAAAACCUGUUGUUGAAAUAGAAAAUGUUUGUGACAUGCUCCUGGUAAUAUCUAUAUCUACAUUUCCUAAUCAAUCCUCCUCCAUUGUUGAAUUAUGAACGUUUUUCAUAGUCAGUUAUGCUGCAGUGGGACAGGUUAUACAAUUGGGUUUUUUUUAGGCAGCUUCCCUGAGGAAAGAUAUUUAGAAUUUUCUUUGGGAUUUGCUGUAAAAAAAAAAAAAAAAAAAAAAAAGUACACAGUUGUUUGUGCAGCCCAAAGAUUUUCAUCGAUUUAUAAAAACAUUGUAUAGUAUGUGCAUGAUAUGAGAUUUGUAUCAUUUGGUAUUGGUGACUUUUAUAUAUAUAUAUAUAUAUAUAUAUAUAUAUAUAUAUAUAUAUAUAUAUAUAUAUAUAUAUACACACACACAUUCAUACACACACACACACAUAUUGGAAACCCUGAGUCUUUUAUGUUUUUUUUAGAGAAACAUGCAUGUUCCUUUCACCUUAAUGCAACAAACUCAAUACUCUGACCAAACAAUUCUAUAAAUGUCCAGACGCUCCACUUGAUUUUCAUUGAAAAAAUUAUCCAUUAGCAUGAAUUACCGCUGAACACACACUCGGACGCUUUCAGCUGAAAUACUUCGCCGUGCCUCUCGUAAAAACUCGCCAAAGAUGUUCUUCACUAGUUGGAGAUUCCUUACUUGUGAUGCAGUUCAUCCCAGAGCAGAGAUCGUUAUCACUCCAGACGACUGUUAGAUCUCUAAAUAACACUUCGGUUCCGAUGAGCC